AUGUCAAAGGCGGAGAGGAGGAAAGAUAUCAAGAGAAAAGAAGAUUUACAAGCCAGAUUCAAAUUUGCAUUAUCUCAAAACAAUUCCAAAGUUAGCAACUGGCUAAAGGCACCCACAGAUCAAGACCUAAACGAGAAUAGAGAUAAAUCAUUUUUGGACUUACCGGUUAUUCAGAAUGGUGGCGGUCUUUCGUCCUCGUCAUACGAAAGCGGUCGAAGAGUUAAAGACUUCAUCAGUGCUGAUAAUUCGAUGAUUCAAAAAUCUCAGAAGCAUGACAAGCUUGCUCCUAAGCAACAAGGUAGUUCAAGAGCCUUAGACUCGUUAAUGAAUAGAAUGAGAAGUGAAAAUAGAAGUAAAGUUAAGAAAGCGACAACGUCAAAUGACCAAAAGAGUAUAUCAACCUCGGCUAAUUCGAAUAAUUCAAAUCAAAGUAAUAAGAAGGAUGUGCAUGAAGAAGAUAGCGAUGAUGACGAUGCUCUAAGGCAUCGAACAGUACGCAAAGGAUCGAAUUUGUUAUUUGAAAGUAAGAUGAAGAAGUCAAGGCGACCGUUUUAA